GGUCGAGGCUAAUGUAGUAACGGCCCGUUUUCAACUAAAGGCCUGAAACGGACCCGUGGAUUUUUGGCUGUGUAAUAAAGCAUCUGGAAGCUGCGAAGGUGUCUGUUGACUCAUGCAUUGUCACUAGCUAACUAAUUAUCAGGUCAUGGAGCUGGAAGCUGGUGACCAGACUGCAGAGCGACCUCCUCCUCGCGGGCGCUGUAUGGCCUGGCUCUCCUCUGAGCUGCACUACACAGCACUGGCUUGCUGCUACCAGGACAACAAAGCGUUUGCCUUUAGUCCAUGGUUACCCCUCAAGUGGAAGUGGCAAUGGGCGUAUUUGCUCUAUCGCUGGAUCAUUAUGCUGUACUUUGUGGGCUGGCUACUCUACUCUCUUGUGAAUGCUGCCCAGACUCCAGAUGUCCAAGCAAAGUUCUUCAUAUAUCUCACCAACUGGGGCUUUGUUUGCUUCAAUGUGUACCUUUUCAUGGCUGCCAUCUCAGUGACAGUGACUCUAUAUAGCCACCUCCAUGUAGGACCCCCUCUUGACACACUCCCCCCCCUCACUGUCAGAGGAGGCAUCACAUGCACACUACUCACUACUGUCAAUGGCCUUCACUGGGCCACUGCUAUCAUUGGACUAGAGUUCCCAGUGGCUAUUACAGUCCUGUUCUGGAUAUUCUUUGGUAAUGGUGAUCCAGAUCAGACACUCAGUAUCUCGAGUAUUCAUGUGCACUUGCUAAACGGAAUUAUUGCUUUUCUGGAUACCUGGAUAACAGGAGUUCCAUUUCGAGUUCUCCAUGUUGUCUACAUCAUAUUGUUCGGCUGUGUGUACAUAGUAUUCUCUGCUCUGUAUUAUGCUGGUGGUGGUACUGACCCUGCAAACCGCCCUUACAUCUAUCCAGUGUUGGAUUAUGGUGGCAACCCUGGGCUAGCUGCUGGAGUAGCUGUUGGUUGUGGUCUUGUGUUUCCAGUAAUCUUACAUCUCAUCUUCUACGCCAUGUACCUGGCUCGUUAUUGGCUUUCUACACUAGUGCAGACCCACUGGAGGGUAUCAAGAGUCAGUUCAUCUGCCAGUGGGGAGGAGCAGGCUCUAACUAUGCAACAAGAGAGAACUAUUGUCAUUUGAACAAUGUGUAUUAAUUUAUGGCAGUUGUUAUUCUUAUAAUUUUUAUUGUAUAUUUUUGUAUAAUAGUCAA